UGUGGCGCUCAGUGGUCGUCGGACUCAGCACGCUCUCGUCACUACUCGCGCGCGCGCCCUGUUGCAGUAGCAACCGCUGAAAACAGGCGCAGAACUCGGCCAGCCAGCCCACCAGCCUGUCCAGCUCAGGACAAGUGUCCCUAACAACUCCAACAGGAUUUCCAACAUGCAGGACUUCCCACCCAAGUUCAGCAAGGUCCUGGUGACACCAGACCCGCAGUACAUCCCCGGCUAUGCAGGGUACUGUCCGCAGCUGAAGUUCAACCUGGGCAAGACGUACGGCCAGCUGACGGCGGAGCUCCUGACCUCCCCCGACGUGGCGCGCUCACACAGCCUGGUGCUCAACAACGCCCGCCGCCCGCGCCAGCUCACCGUCGCCGUGCCAACCAGCAGGAGGGUGGGGCCGCGCGGGGAGAUACGCACCUGCUGGCCGGCCGGACGCAGGCACAUGGAGCACAUGACACCUGGGUACACAGGCUUUGUACCACGGAGUCAGAACUACUUUGCCCACACGUAUGCUGAGACGUGUCGCGAGGCCCUGACCGAGUUCCAGUGCACACAGAAGGGCGGGGCUAAGCUGAGUGCUUACGACCUCCCACCCAUCAGCAAGAAGCAGGGCAUCCUCGACGUCAAGCCAUGGAAGUUGAACACCCCGUUGCCUGCCAUCGCAAGGGAGCCAGCCCCCUACAUCCCCCAGGACCCCUUCAAGCCGCGAGGGUCACCCUACAACAUGGACAACUCCAGCCCUCACAAAUACUUCAUCUCAGGUUACACUGGCUACGUGCCCAAAUCCCGGUUCCUGAUUGGCUCGGGGUACCCAAUCACGACCAAUAAGGCGCUGGUGGAGUUCACCCACGACCAGAGCCUGGCACACGCGCCCGCUGCCACCGUCCGGCUGUCGGGGGACCGGCCUGUGGCCACGCCAACCAUAUACCACUCACGCAGAGGCCUGCUGCCCUCAUACACCGGCCACGUGCCAGGCUACAAGUUCCGGUACGGCCAGACGUUUGGCCAGCUGACCCACAACACCUUGGGCGGAGCCGACAUUAAGAGGAACACGUCCAGCCAAUGAGGGAGCGCGAUGGCUAUCGAUGGAGGUGGCUGACCAAUCAGAGGGCUGGAUGGAGUGCUAUUGACCAAUGAUGGAGGCCAGUGAUGAAGACUAGGCAGUGCAUCAUGGCAACACUAGUUAGUUAGAAACUUUAUUGUCCCCAAUGGGGAAAUUCUAGUCAGACACUACAACCAGGAAGACCCUCUCAUCCCAGAGACCAGACACUGCCAACUAUCAUGAUUAAAACACUUGAAUUGUAAUCAGGAACAGA